GGCCGGAGUACAUAAGCGGGCGUCCACUCGCCACUCGGACGGUGAGCGAUCGGCAGUGGAGCGAUAUGGCACUGGCAGUCCGCACGCUGCUCGCCGUGGCCGCGGCGGUCGUCACCGCGCAGCCGGCCGCCGCCUGGGUGUGGCGAAGCUUCGCCGACGGCGGCCGCUACGACCGCAAGUUUCUGUUCCACGGGUUGCCACCCAUACUGUGCGGCGGCGAGGACGCCUUCUGGACGUCGCCGUGGAGCGGGCCCGCAGAGGUCCGAGUAAGGCUGCCCAGCGUCCAUGAGGAGUACUGCAAGGUGUCGCUGCCGCGCGGCCGCCUGCAGAGGACGCCCGUGGGCCGCCUGCUGCGAGAGCUGUCGCUGCGACACGGACUGCCGUCGCCCGUCAAGUAUGACGGCGAGGACGGAGGCCUCGUCUACCGCAUGGACUGGCCCGACUUCGACUGCGUCGAGCGCACCAACAUCUCAGAGACCGUCUUCGACUUCGUCAUCGUCGAGGAGGCCGGAGGAACUCGUUCCCGCUGCAACUUCGUCCUCCCGCUCUUCCGACCGCUCCCUCUGCUCGAGGAGUCAGCUGAGAGUGAUGGAGACCAGGAGGAGGGUGAGAGGGAGGAGGACUCUGGCGAGGCGCCGCCAGCGCCGCCGCCGCCGCCCCCGGCGCCCGGCCGCCCCCCGCACACGGGGGCGCUGGUGGUGGGGCUGCGGGGGCUGCCGGAUGCGGUGUGCCGCCCCCUGGAGGAGCCGGCCCCCCAGCAGGGCGACGCCGACUUCUUCGAGCCCGCGUUCCGCGCCCACCGCCUCGCGGACGUGCCGCUCGUCUGCCAGUUCCGCCUCGACUGGGACGCCUGGCUGCGCGGCGUCUCCACGCACGCCCUUCUCGACGCACUCGCCCGCCACGUCGACGUCACCGUCAGCGACUACGACCCGUCCGGCUGGAGCCCUCCCGAUGUGUCCUUUCCGUACGUGGGCUGCGACUCCAAAGAAGAGCUGCCCUCGGAGCGGUACGAGUUCUCAGUGACGGGCCCCAGCGGGCGCACCGCCACCUGCUGGUUCGUGCCCAACCAGGAGACCCGCGGAUCCUGCUACAGGGAGCAGCUGGACGCCGCCUGCCCGCCGGGAUUCCGCUUCCUCAGCGACGGCCGCUGCUGCGACGAACCAACUUAGAAAGCGUUCGAUACGCCCGUCUCUGUACCUGGACAUUGUGCUCUGCCCUCAUACUCGUCUGAAAUAUGUCGCUAACAAAGCUCUAUUUAUUCCACGGGGUUUCGCGCUUGCAGACAGGUGACGUCGACAUCUUGCCACGACAUUUCGGUUCACAACCGUUCAGCCAUCUUCAGGUGAAUUUUACAGUGGAGACUGCUGGUGCACGUCGCUAACUCUAUGACGGAAAUUGACGCAGUGCCGCACGCACGAAAUGCUGGCAUGUAUAGUGAAAGUUCAGUUAUCAAAAUCCUAAAACUAACUGUCGCUCGACGCGUCAUUAAGAAUGAAUCUUUGUUGAAAUUCGCUUACAAAAUUAUGAAGCUCUUCCACCAAACCUUUUUCCACACAAAUUCCAUAAUAAUUUAAUCUCGUCGUGGCCAAGAUUUUUGUGACAGAUUAACUUAUAGAACGCGCUGUAAAUCUUGACGGCGCGAUCGUUCUGAGAUUCAGUUAUCAAGGAAUCUGUAGAAAUACGUUUGGUGGAAGACCGUAUCAGUCGUGAUGGGUGCUUUCAACCUAGUAAGACUUGGGACCCGGUGAUUCUUCCGAUUUCUUCAGAAAGACAAAAUUUCACGCCUAAUGACACGUCCAGCGAGAGUUAAUUUUAUUAUUUUGACAACUGAAUGUCAACUCUGGAGACCUAAACUUCGACAGAGGGUGUGCAUGCAAUAUCGCCAUUCCGCAGGCGUUUGCGCUCUCCAUAUGGAGCAAUAUUCGAGAGAGGGCACUAAAUUCGACAAUAGGCUGUUAAGAAGAGAAAACCUACGAUCGUAUACCACUCUUUAGCAUAAAGUCGGCGACGCGCAAAAGCAGUCUCCAGUACAAAAUUCACCUGAAGAUGGAAGAAUGGUUGUGAGCCGAAAUAUCGUGGCAAGAUGUCGAAGUCAUCCGUCUGCAAGCCCGAAAUCGUAAGGAAUGUGCAUUACGCCUGGAAAACCUCAACAAUCACAAAGCUGUAUGUGUUUUUCGAUUGUAUCGGUUUUGAAUUUUUUUGAAGAGUGACAGCUGUUGCUAUGAUUGACUGACAGCUAUAUAGGCGGUGAAAGAAGCGUCGCCAAAGCGCCCACAUUGCACAAAAUCUGUAAUGUACGGUAUGUCGCCAAAAGGCAACGCUGUGGACAUUUACAGAUAGGAAACAGUGGUGACAGCAAUCGUUAAAUCCGCCUGACACGUUGUAAGAUUCGCGCAAGUUUGCUAGGUGGUGCGCGCAACACCCCGUUAACCUUCCAAAUGGGUCAACUAAAACUGUACCUCAGUAGAAUGAUUUGCAAUAUAGAGCACUUUGAGGACUUAAUUUGUUAGGUAAUAACAGAAGCACCAUGAUACAACAAGACUUGCUAUUCUUUUAUCAGUGCUUUUUCGCCACACUAUUCCACAUCAAGCUCCACUGAACAGCUGCUUAAGAGCAAAGUAACUCUUCUAGGAAUAUUCACCGGAAGAGUGAUUCUAACAUGAAAAACGGAAGCUUACCAGGCCAAGACAACCAUUCGUGGAAGUUCGCACGAGAGAACUCGGACAGAAGGCUCGCUGAGUUAUUGACACAGCAGAUUACUUCCAACGUUGUUGAUACAAAUGAAUACGCUUCCCUGUACUGUACUACGACCGUGGAGGUAAAGCUACAUACCGUACGUGCGCUUGACUGGUGGCUAGCAAGGAGUGGGGACAGCUAGCUUGCUUGCCGAAGCUGUUACGCGGUGUUAAGUUGCGAGAUCUGGAGCAAGUUCUACCGUGGCAAAAUGUCCGCUUCAAGUGCAAAUGUUUGUUAGAACAUAUGGGAGUUUUCUCGGCUAUAAGACCGAUCCUUCUACACAUACAUCAAUUAAAGGACUAAUUCUUUCUUUGUUGCACAAUGGAGGCACCUGCGGUAACUAAAAAGCACUUUCAGGUUAUGUUCCCGUUUUACACCUUCCUAGCGUGGGCACGCUCUUGCGGUGAGGCAACGCCUUCCAGGCUGUGUCGUCAGGCGCCGACAGGACUCCUGUUUGGUCAUUGCAGGUAGCAUUCAGAGAACCCUGUAAGAGAAAUAGCACCGGAGCAAUCGCAGGGGAAACUUAAUGCAAGGACGCAAGCUGCUUAGCGGUCGAUUGACUCUGCUUAGGAGCUGUCGCGCAAGCCAGCGAGUAACCCGCCAGAGAAUCUGACUCCGUGCGAGAUCGGCUUUAUUCACCUCCGCCCGAUUUGUUGAAUUGUCAGUUACCUAACAACCCUAAUUCUCCUGUAGUAAGGUAUAUGGUGUUCGCAUCACUAGGCUACGUGUGAACUAUUACUGCUGUCCUUCCUCUGAGGAAACCUAGGAAAGCAUUGUAGACAUACAUAAAAUUGGUGCUUAUCUGUUGAAAUGCAACAAAAUGCAUAAUUAUAUUCAAAUAUAAUCAAGUACAUCGUAUCGGUACAAUUCUGUGUCGACAUAGUUCAUCAUUUUAAGUUCUACACAAAUUAAUUAUUUAAAAUUUAUUAAUGUAUUGUGAUGUUAUUUAAUAACAGGGUGAUUUUAUACAUAAACA